AAUAAACACCCUGUACUUUCUCCAUCGCUCCCACCCCUAAUUACUGAACCUUGGACUAUUUCUGGAACUGGACUUUUAUGUUUUGUCGAGAUUUGGAAAUGUCCGAAGUAGUUUAUUUCCCUUUCUGGGUUUGGUCUGGCAAUAGAAUCAGAAGCCCCUACUACUGUGAGAACAGCCUCUCGGGCUGAGGCCAGGAAGCAUGAAGGAACAAUGUCCACGCUGAAUCCUGUACCACUGGGCUUGUUCCACAUGUCUGAGCUUUCCUGUGUAUCUGAGUGGCUGCUUGUGACCCUAUGGAAAGAGUGCUGGGAGGCAGCGUGGAGUCAGGAGCACUGAUUCUCUCUUACACUGGAGCCCCUUAUGCCAUUCCAGUGGGGAAAACAUGAAACAAGAAUUCUAGACUUCUAGGGAUUUCACCAUGGAAGACUUGGAAGGAAAUCACUUCAAGUCAGUGGAAGAAGAAACCAGCUACUGGAAAGAACUGGCUAUGAAAUAUAAACAAUGUGCAGAAAAUACACAGGAGGAACUGCGUGAGUUCCAAGAAGGGAGCCGAGAAUAUGAAGCAGAAUUGGAGACACAGCUGCAACAAACGGAAUUCAGAAAUAGAGACCUUCUAUCGGAAAACAAUCGCCUUCGAAUGGAACUGGAGUCAAUUAAGGAGAAAAUUGAAAUGCAACAUUCAGAAGGCUACCAGCAGAUCUCUGCGCUAGAAGAUGACCUGGCACAGACGACAGCUAUUAAAGAUCAAUUACAGAAGUACAUUCGAGAACUCGAGCAAGCAAAUGAUGACUUGGAAAGAGCAAAAAGAGCCACUAUAAUGUCUCUGGAGGACUUCGAACAGCGUUUGAACCAGGCCAUUGAAAGAAAUGCCUUUCUGGAGAGUGAGCUAGAUGAGAAAGAGAAUCUCCUGGAAUCAGUGCAGCGAUUGAAAGAUGAAGCCAGAGACUUAAGGCAAGAGCUUGCAGUGCAGCAGAAACAGGAGAAACCCAAAACACCGAUACGAAGUACACUGGAGACAGAAAGGACGGACAUAGCUGUGCAAGCAACCUUAUCUGUGCCUUCAACUCCUGCAGUUCGUAGGGGACCCAAUGUCAGUAUAAGCACCCCAGGAACGUUUAGAAGAGGUUUUGAGGAUAGUUACAGCGGGACCCCUCUCACACCAGCUGCCAGGAUAUCUGCGCUGAACAUUGUGGGAGACUUACUGCGGAAAGUGGGGGCUCUGGAAUCCAAACUUGCAUCUUGUCGAAACUUUGUGUAUGACCAGUCUCCAAACAGACCCACCAUGUCCUCAUCCAUGUAUCUGAACAAGAGCAGAGAUGGCCUUGAAAAACGAUUGAGCGGUUCCCAUAUGCCGUUGAGCGAUAAUGGGUUAGGGAAGCGCUUGGAGUUUGGAACACGGCCUUCAAAUAUUCCUGCACCACUGGUACAUUCCCCACAAGGUGUAGUCAAGAUGUUACUUUGAGAAGAUUCUGAGAUGAUGAGGCCAUGAUGGUUUAGGGUGUUUUUGUUUGUUUGUUUUUAAACCCUUGUCUUUUAAACUUUUAACAGAAUACUAACAAGCAGUCACAGUAGUUAACUUGAAUAAUGGUGGAUGAGAACUACACAGAGCAAUUGGCAACAGUCCCCUGCAAUCUCAGGCUUUUCCCCAAGACUGAGUUGUGUGGUGCUGUGACAAAGCAGCACUGCUGGUCAGUCCAAUACUGUGAAUCGCUUUCCUACAUCAGCUGCUGUAAAUAGCUUCUUGAAAGCUGCUUCUGUAACAUUGCUGGUCAAAACUAAUGACCUGCUACAUAAUAUUGAGACAAUAUUCUUCCCCAUAAACACUGAAUUAUUUUCUGUAGCACAACUACUGUUUUAGCAAGAGAGUUAUGGUGUUAUAACUUUCUAGUGCAGUGUGCUGCGGGCAUUAUAAAUUAGAGAAAUGUUUGUCUCCAUCUACUUUUUAGUUCCAUGGCAAGAUUUUUUUUUUUUUUUUAAAUACCAAAAUUAGUGCAAUUGGAAGUCCUAAAAUAAAGCCGUCUGGGGAAAUUAA